GCGUGAUUCGCGCCAGAGGCCACUUAUUUGGCGGCGAGAGCUCGGAGCGAAUGAUGCAUAGCGAGCAAAGGGCGUGGGCACAGCGCUCACAAAGCGUUCAUCGCCGUAUUUAUUUGUUUUAGCUCCAGGCCGUUCAUCUCGAGGCGUUCUUCUUAGUCACGAUCGAGCUAAUUACUUACGAGGUAACUACCAUCAUGAACACGAGUGAUGCCGGUUACAUAGAUGCGACCACAUUUUUCAUGAUCUUCAAGCAAUUCUUAAGUCAUGUAGGACUCAUAUGUAGAACCGCACCCCCCUCGCUUCUACCAGCAGCCGAUUGAUUAUAACGAUCCGCGUAUCUAUUUUGAUAAUUAUCAAACUGACCCUCCCGCUUUUUCUGAUGAUUGCGCUUAUAAUUAUUACUAAUUUUUCUCUUACUUCACUUUAUAUCACUUUUCGCUUUCAUAUUCUAGUUUUACUCAUGUCUUUUAACAAGCCUGUUUCUAUCGCUAAUUGGAAUUGUAGGGAUUUACGGGGGAAGCUUCUGGAGAUCCAAACCAAUGAUUACACAUACGAUCUCUAGUGUCUCCAAGAGACUACGAAGAGACCGAGAAUAUUCAUUUAUACUCGAACAUCUUUAAUUUUGUUAGAGGCGACAUUCGCUGCCCCGACCAACGCGGGAUAACUAUUGCUAUUAAAAAACCAAUUCGUUUUGAUCUUCUUGAUCUCACUUAUCUCGACCAUCACUCAAUCGAACUCAUUAGUAUCAAGCUUUACACUCAAGGUCCCUCCUUUGCCAUUAUUAACAUAUACAGACAUCCGUCGUCACAAACUUCCAUGGUUAUCAAGGGCCUGGUUGAUUGCGAAUCAAUCCCACGCCAUCCUCCUAGGCGACUUCAACUUGCAUAACGCAGCUUGGAAUUGUUCGGUUACUGACUCCCUUGGCAAACGCCUUUUGAAUUCUCUUGAGUUUGAAUUGUCUUUGAAUUGUAACCUUGUUAUUUGCAACGACUAUAAACCUAUCCUUUUGACUCCUCCCAGUUCGCAAAUAUCGGUCAUCGAUUUUAUUGUUGUAACGCCUUCCGUCCUGACUCUUAGUAACUGCUAUAUAGAAUUCGACAUCAUUUCCAGCGAUCACUUUCCUGUUGUCAAUUUGGAUACUCUCCCUUGCUUAAGAACUACAUUUAAGUAUAAAAUUAAACUUAAUUCUCUUCAAAUGAAGGUCUUUAUCCACAAGUUAACUUGUAUUGAUUUCGCCUUUAUUUUAGCAACGAACGAUUUUACUCAAUACGAUAAUUUUGUAAAUGAGAUCAAAGGCCUUAAACUCUUUGUUUUCUCCUGAAUCAUGUACUCCGAAAUCUAAACCGAUGGUUGAGAAAUGUCUCCCCCCCCCCCCCCCCUCCUUGGUGGACCGAGGAACGUCAGGCUGCGGUCGACGCCAGACGCGAGGCAAUGAAGCUCUGGAACCGCCAAUCAAGCUCAGAGAACUAUAACGCUUAUAAACGCACUGCUUCAAUAUGCAGGGGCGUCCUCAGAAGAACCAAGAGAAGAAAAUGGAAGGAACAGCUUUAACGCUCAUAUUCCAUCAAUUAAAAUUUGGAGGACGAAAUACGAAUAAUCCCCAAGGCCAGGGAGGUCAAGGAAAUCAAGGAGGCCAAGGAUCUUAUACAAUGCCUUAUAAUACACAAGGAAGUUACCAAUCAUCGCAAUCUACGUCCAUUCAACAAAGCAAUUAUAAACAAGACAACGUACAAAACUCACAAGGAUUCAAAUCACAGCAGCAACAACAACAGCAGCAACAACCAACGCAAAUGGCAGCAGCUGCAUCAACACGGCCUGUACCAACUAUAGCACCUACACAACAACUAAAACAACUUCAAAAACCUCCACCACAAUUACAACAGCAACAAGGACAACAGCAAAAGUUACAAAUGCAACAGCAGCAGCAACAACAGCAGCAGCAACAGCAGCAGCAGAAACUGCAGCAGCAGCAACAAGCACCACCGCAGCAAAUAGUUAUGCAACAGCAAUCACAACAACAACAACAACAACAAGCGCCGAAUCCACUUCCAUUGCCACAACGAUUGAAACCGAUUUUAAAACAUACAACAGUAAGUGCACAAUCCACUGUUGGACAAACUGCUGCUCCUCAGCCUUUGAUUCCUCCGAACGCAUCUAAUAACAAUUCUGAGACGGAUGACAAGCCUGAGAACAUGGAUGUUGACAUGCAAGAUGCUCAACCAAGAUGGCGAAGGAAGAUACCUGGAUUUAAAGUAAAUAAAAAAUUAAAACGUCUUCGUAUGAACCAACGUCUAAGGAAAACUCUACAACCCAAAAAUGCAAUCAUGGUAUUAAAUGAAAUGAAAGCUGGAGUCCAAUUUACAUUCCCUGAAACACAAGGACCCAUGCCGAACUCGCUUUAUCUUGUUCAUGCUGAGCUUGAUGGUAAAACUUACGUUGGGCAAGGAUUAUCUAAACCACUUGCUCGCCAAAAUGCAGCUGAAAAUGCAUUAAAAGCUUUAUUACUUGAAAAAAUGACAGCAGCAUCUAUGAAAGCGCGUCUAGAUGCUGAAUCAGAUGGACAAACUACUAAUACCUCUAUGGAUGAAAUAAAAGAAGAAAAUAAUGAUGAUAGCAUCACUAUGGAUACAAAUUCUGAAGAUGAGAUUCCAUGGAGUUCAUUGGCCAGUUUUGCUCUUUAUAAACUCUUUCUUGAAUGGCAUAAUCAAGGAACAUCAGUUCCAGUCCCACGACCUGGUUUACCAAAUGCAAAAGGAAUUAAGAAAGAAAGUCCUAAUCCUAAAACUUCUACUCAAAAGGAACUUCCACCCAAUCCUACUAAUAUACAUCCAGUUAUGUUACUGAAUCAAAUGAGACCUGGACUAACAUAUACAGAGCUCAGCCGUGUUGGUAACCCACCGAAUACGAUGUUUACUUUGGCUGUUGAAAUUUGUGGAAUCGAAUAUUCAGGAACAGCUAAAAACAAAAAGGAUGCGAAGAAAGCAGCAGCUAAAGCAGCAUUACUGGCAUUAUAUAACUUAACUUAUCCGGAAGAUGUUAGUAAGCAGGAUUUAAUGGCAAUUGGUUAAAGUAAAUAUCUUACAUUUCAAUAUACUUUUCAAAAUGUAAUGUAUGUUAUACACAGGUUUUUUUAUUUGAUCUUUAUCAUAAAAUAUCAAUAAUUAUUUAGUGAUUUGAUGACACUGCUACUUGUAUUAUUUACCCAUGCUGACAAUCUUGAAUUUUUUGGCGUAAUGCUUUGCAAUUUAUCUUCCUAAAUAUAAUAAAUGUAAUGAAAGUUAUUACAUGGUUUUAUAUAUCAAACUAUAAAUACACAUAUUGAGCCACAUGAUUAAAAAAGACUUAAUUAAAUUCACACCUAAUUUCUUACGAUAUUAUUUUCUCUGUGUAUAUACAAUUUAGUUUUCAGGAAAAUACUAUGUAACAAAUGAUUUAUAUGUAUGAAAAAUUAAGUAUUUAUACAUAAAAAUGAUUAAAUCAAUCUUUAAUAAUUAUGCACGAAUCUAGACAAAAAGGGCUAUUAUCUUGGAAAUUAUAACAAAAUUGUAUGGCAAAAUACCACAGAACUAUCUUGAUUUCUCUUGACAAUACUUACGAGAAAGGUCCUACGCGUCAAAUUAUAGCUGUCAUUGUUAUCAAGAAAACUAGCCCAACAUUUAAAUCUAUGCGAAAUUUUUUUGUUGAAGAAUAUAUAUAUAUAUUUUUCAUAAACAAAUUUACAAUUAUACAGGGUGUCUCUUAAGAUGGGUCGGGGCUACAUUGGGGGUGGAUCAUAGGGAACAAAAAAUUCUUGUACCAUUUUGAGAUACUCGCUUUUUUAAUUAGAAAAGAAAAGCAGCGGCGCGCAGAGAGGGGGAAAAAGCACUUCGUCGCCGAAUUCACGCUGCGCGGCUUAAUCGCAUAUUGGCUUAGACAUUUUCUUUUCUAAUUAACAAAAACUCAGCAAAUAUCUCAAAAUGGUAUAAGAAUUUUUUGUUUCCUUUGAUCCAUUCUUCAUCCCCAAUGUGACCCCGACCCAUCUUAAGAGACACCCUGUAUAAUACACAAUUCAGAUCUGUUCAAAACUUGAUUCAUGAGAGCUCAAUGCUUCUCCCUCUUCAUUAUUUUCGUCGAACAAGACAGAUAGAAGUUAAAAAAA